CUCUCUGUGCCUAUCUGCGCGCGUGACAGUUUGUUCUGCUGUGCUCUAUCCACAGUCUUACUAUGCUGAUGCUCGGUUUUCUUAUAUUACCUCCCUGACUGCUUUCGCGUGUUUCUAACCAGCGACGUUAAACAUGAGAAAAGGGACUCAUUUUAAACAUAGCAAUCUGUGUUGCAGAACAUCGAGUCAUUCUGCAUAAUCCAAUUAUUUCUGACUACACCCUGAGAAUUGAACAAAAUCUUCAAAGGAAAAUUGCCCACGGCACAAGUAAUGAGACAUUUUGAGGAGUUUUUUUUGCAUAUCCCACCCUACCAUGAGGUAUUCAUCCAUCUUCAUCACCUAAAAAGCUUACAAAUGUGAUUUGAGUCACCCCACAGCGAGAAACCAGCUUCAUUGACAAAAUGAAGAAAACAGUGCGUUUUAUUGAAAAUGCUGGGUCCAAAAACAUUUAUUUAACAGAAACAUGGUGGCGUUCUACGGCUCUCAGACAGGCAUGGCUGAGGAGUUCUGCAGCCGACUGGCCAAAGAUGCCCAGCGCUAUGGAAUGAGUGGCAUGUCAGCUGACCCCGAAGAAUACAACAUGUCAGAGUUGCGUCGUCUUUCGGAGAUUGACAAUUCCCUGGCUGUGUUCUGCAUGGCCACCUAUGGGGACGGGGACCCUACAGAUAAUGCUCAGGACUUCUACGACUGGAUGCAGGAGACAGAAGAGGACCUGACCGGAGUCAACUUUGCGGUGUUUGGCUUGGGGAAUAAAACGUAUGAGCACUUCAAUGCCAUGGGAAAGUAUACAGACAAGAGACUGAAAGAGCUAGGUGGAAACAGGAUCAAUGCUCUGGGAAUGGGAGAUGACGAUGGCAAUCUGGAGGAAGACUUUAUAUCAUGGAAGGAGCAAUUCUGGCCUGCUGUGUGUGAGCACUUUGGAGUGGAAGCUACAGGAGAUAACACCAGCAUACGACAGUACAAGUUGGUUGUUUUGACUGACAUCAACGUUGAUAAGGUGUACACUGGGGAGAUGGGUCGCCUCAAGAGCUUUGAAACCCAGAAACCGCCUUUUGAUGCUAAGAACCCCUAUUUGGCCACAGUAGCCACCAACCGUCAGCUGAAUCAAGCUGGCAACCGCCAUCUAAUGCAUCUAGACUUGGACAUCUCAGGCUCCAAAAUAAGAUAUGACUCUGGGGACCACGUUGCUGUUUACCCCAUUAACGACAUAUCAGUAGUGAACAGAAUAGGCCAGAUCCUGGAUGCCGACCUGGACGCUGUGAUCUCUCUAAACAACCUAGAUGAGGAGUCCAAUAAGAAGCACCCGUUCCCAUGUCCAACUACGUACCGCACAGCUCUGACCCAUUACCUGGAUAUCACCAACCCACCUCGCACCAACGUGCUGUUCGAGCUCGCCCAGUAUGCCACCGAUCCCAAGGACCAGGAAACUCUGCGCAAGAUGGCCUCUGCCUCCAUCGAGGGCAAGGGCCUGUACCAGAGCUGGAUCCUGGAUGCAAGGAGGAACAUCCUGGCUGUGUUAGAGGACAUGCCAUCCCUCCAUCCUACCAUAGACCACCUGUGUGAACUCCUGCCUCGCCUUCAGGCACGCUACUACUCGAUCGCCUCCUCUGGCAAGGUGUACCCAACCAUGGUGAGCAUCUGUGCGGUGGUUGUAGACUUUCAGACCAGCACAGGGCGGAGAUUCAAGGGUGUAGCCACUAACUGGCUAAAGAACAUGGUUGUGACGGAUAACAGCCACAAGGCCACUGUGCCCAUGUAUGUCCGCAAGUCCCAGUUCCGGUUGCCCUACAAGGCCAGCAACCCAGUGGUGAUGAUUGGGCCUGGCACUGGCAUUGCGCCUUUCAUGGGCUUCCUCCAGGAGAGAGGGAUGAUGAAAGAGCAAGGGAAGGAUGUCGGUGAGACAAUACUGUACUUUGGCUGUCGCCACAGAAAUGAGGACUUCCUGUACCAGCAGGAACUACAGGAGUUUCAGAAGAUUGGCGUUUUGACACAACUUAAUGUGGCCUUUUCCAGAGAUCAGGAGGAGAAGGUUUACGUGCAGCAUCUCCUUAAGAAGAACAUGGAACAUUUGUGGAAGCUGAUCCAUACUGACAAUGCUCACAUCUACAUUUGUGGGGAUGCAAGGAAUAUGGCUCGGGAUGUGCAGAACACCUUCUAUGACAUCGCUGAAGAAGCGGGAGGCCUUACACACACCCAGGCUGUGACCUACAUCAAGAAGCUUAUGACUAAUGGGCGCUACUCUCAGGACGUGUGGAGCUAAACAAGAUUAAGCUAUCUUGCUAGCAUGCCCUCACAACCCCUAGCUAGAUUUUAACAUACCGCGUUUCAUUUGGAUGAGCAGAGGUGGCACAUGAUCACAAAAUGAUUUAUAGCUCUAAUGGCUGUCAAAGGUGCUUCCACCAAGUUUUAACUGCAGGGUGUGAAGGCAUACACAAGGAAUUAAUCCUCAUGAUUUCUUUCUUAGAUAUUUGGAAAAUGCUUUGUGUUUUUUCUUAUAGUUAAAGAACAUAUACAAAGUAUAAUUGAAAGGGACUUCCUGUAACUGUUCUUUAUGUUACAUGAUUUCCUGUUUGAUUGGGAAAUUAAUAUGAGGUGACACACAUGCCAAACACGCUAAUUCAUCUAUCAUCAUAGGGAAGGUCAAAAAACACAAUUAACAUAAAAAAAGAUUAUUUGCCUAAAUAUGUAGUCUGUAAACAAAAUAGCUACAUGUCAGAAAACUGAACUCUCUAUUAUUAGGGAAGUAAUUAAAAAGUUUAAAUCAACUGGAGCUGUGAGGAACCUGCCCAGAACAGGAAGUAUUUUUUUCCUCCCAUGCAAGUGAGGAUGCCUUGAGAGGUGAAUAAUUCUCGAUAAAUCACAGUUGGGGGAAUUGCAGAAGUUAGUUGAAUCUUGGGGUUACCAAGUCUCUAAAACUAUUGUUAUCUUUUCAUGGGUAGGUUGCACAAAGUACUAAAUGCAGGGGUACAAAUAAUCAUGGACAUCUUUUGAGAAAAAUAUGUAUUUCUUUAUUGAAAUGUAUUUUUGCCUUAAACAAUUUUACCUCAAUUAAAAGUUAGAUUACUCUGAUAUUUUAAAUAUAAGAUCAGGCUGAUGAAAAACUAUGAAUUUUGUUUAUAGCCUUUUCUACUCAUCUUUACCAAUAGGGCCAAUAAUUCUUUAGGGGACUUUUAAGGUGAUGUUAAGCAGUCUUGCAAAUGUUUCUUUUAAAAGGAAAACUACCUUUACUAUUGUAGUGAUAUAGAAUCACUUGGCUGGGCUAAUGCUCAUUUAAAUUCCAAAUGUGUGCCUUUUAAAUAUUUCUCUUGCAUUGUUUCUCUUGCAGUGUUAUUAUGACCUGUUACAUGACUCUUACAUGACCACUUGAUCCAGUUUUAUGCAAAGCCCUUUGUAUAUAAACAGUAUAACUUCAAAGUAUGCCUUUGUAAAAAAUAUAUAAAAAUAAAUAAAUCUAAAUCAGUGA